UCACUCACCUCAACGACCUUAUCAAACCCAUUUUCCUUGAUCACCUCUCGAGCAAUCUUACUCACGUUGCUCGCCUCCACUGCAUAAACUCUGGCAGCCCCAGCUUGGGCGCAAAAAACCGACAAAAUCCCAGUCCCAGCCCCCACAUCCAAAACAGUCCUCCCCUUGAUCUGAGCAACAUUAUCAAAAAUCGCCCGUUUGUAAGCCCCAUUCCUCGGUGCAUCUCCCAACAUCAGCUGAUGAAUCUGAAAUAGAUAAACCGGCGAUAAGGACGUGAUUUUCGACAGUUGGCGACAUCAAGAUGGUGAAGGCACAGGUGUACACCGUUGCGAAAAUUUUCGAGGGCGAAAUCAAAGAAAGCGACUUGAAGGUGCACGAGGAGGAGUUACCGGCGCUCGAAGAUGGGGAGUAUUUGGCCGAAAGUUUGUACCUCAGUGUGGACCCCUACAUGCGCGCCUACGCCAGGGGGUACACCAUAGGGCAGGUGAUGAUCGGAAUCCAAGUCGCCAAAGUAAUUGACUCGAAAAACCCCAAAUUCCCGGUGGGGGCCAUCGUCGUGGGCAAUUUCGGGUGGCGUAGCCACACAAUCGUCCAAGACCCCAACAACUAUUUCGUCUAUGUUUUGCCCGACAUUGGGAUUUUGUCCCCUUCGCUGGCUUUGGGCGUCUUGGGGGCCCCCGGAGUGGCCGCUUAUUUCGGCUUUUUGGACAUCUGUCGGCCCAUAGAAGGCGACACUGUGGUCGUGAGUGGGGCUGCCGGGGCCGUGGGGAGCCACGUGGGGCAAAUUGCCAAAAUAAAAGGAUGCAGAGUGAUUGGGAUCACCGGGUCGGAGGACAAAGCCCGUUGGUUGGAAUCCCUGGGUUUCGACUACGUCAUCAACUACAAAACCACCAAAAAUCUAGCCGAGGAUCUGAAAAUCGGGGCCCCCAAAGGAAUCGACUGCUAUUUCGAUAACGUGGGGGGCGAUAUGAGUACCACCAUCAUGGAACUGAUGAACCAAGGAGGGCGCGUCUCGGUUUGUGGUUCCAUCUCGUCGUACAACGCCAAGAACCCAGUCAGAGCUGCGAUUGUGCAACCGGCGAUUGUUUCCAAACAACUAGAAUUGAAGGGAUUUGUGAGUUUGCAGUUUAGGGAUCGGUGGAUGGAAGCCAUUAAGCAAAACCUAGAGUGGGUGCAAGAAAAUAAGUUGAAGUAUCGCGAGACCAUCACUGAUGGGUUCGAAAAUGCCACAAGGGCGCUUAUUGGGGUUUUGAAGGGCGAAAAUGUGGGGAAAGCGGUCGUGAGGACCAAGUCGUCGCACGUGGAACACGAGUCCGUGGAUUUCAACCAUGCACUAAGCAAAUUUAGGAAAAUUCAAGGGGUUUGAAAUUUUAUUUAAUAAGUCCGGAACUAGGUACAAUUUUUUUCCAAAAAUAAAAGCAAAACUAAAUCAAUAACAUACAGUGUGUUAUUUCAUUUGUAACCCCAAGAGGUCUGUCUAGGAGAAAAUAAAACUUUUUUAAUUCGCAAUUAUUUAUCAAAAUUAUCUAUCAAAAAAACGCAACUUUUCAAAAUUAUUCUCAAAAAACACUUCUUUACAUAAAUUCUAUUGUUUUAACUACACACCAAAUAAUUGUAUAAUUUAUUCAAAUAUUUUUGCUAAAUAAAUAAAUUUUAAUGUGA